AUGACCGCAGACAAGAUUUCAGCCGCUGCAAAGACCAAUGCGGCCACUUAUCUGAGUCGAAUCCCCAACGCUGCUGACCCGGCGCGCCGUAUCCUUGUCGAAUACAGCGGCAUCGCACCAGACGCUGUGGACGCCCACAUUUACGAAAUUCGGGAUAAGGCCUGGGCUGUCUUCCCCUACGGCUGCAUCGGGUCCUUCUCGUUUCUGGACUUGACGGCACAGGCCCAGGACCCGCGCUUUCGCGCCGUCGUCGACCGCCUGAAAGCUCCCGGAUCGGCCGAAGCCUUUCUGGACGUGGGCUGCUGUUUUGGCCAUGUGAUUCGCCAGCUGAUCGUCGAAGGCAUCCCCGGCGGACGACUGUACGGGACGGAUCUCCAGCCUCGGUUUCUGGACUUGGGCUACGAGCUUUUUCGCGACCGGGCCAAAUCGACCGCCACCUUCCUCGCAGGCGACAUGCUGAAGGAGGACGAUUCCCGGCUGCAAGGGCUUGACGGAAAGGUGGAUAUCAUUUACGCCUCGGCCUUCUUCCAUCUCUUCCGGCGCGAAGGCCAAGUUCGUGUCGCCAAGCGCAUGGUUCGGUUUCUGAACCCGGACAACCCCGGCGUCAUGAUCUUUGGGGUCAAUGGCGGACCAAAGGUUCCGGGAUGGGAGGAUUACGUCCUUGACGUGGAGACUUGGCAGCAGAUGUGUCGCGAGGUUGGCGAAGCGACGGGGACGGAUUGGAGGACCGAGACAGACGUGGAGGAUACGGAUGAGCGCAUCACGGUCAGAUUUGCUGUCUACCGAGCUUCGUAG